GGAAAAAUUGUACCAAAAAAAAUCUCGGCUAUCGUUAUUUUCAAAAAAAUGAAUGUACCUGUACCUAGGAUUCUCUAACGAUCUCAUGUAAUACGACUUUAUACGACCAUCGUAUAUAAAAACUUGGCCGAUAAAUCCAACUAUUGUUAACUGAUACUACACAGCAUAGAGCUACACAGUAGACAUAGGAAGAUGUCAUCAAGCCCUUCGGAAGAACCAUUAAGCGAUGACGAAAUAUUUUUCGGGAAGCUAUCUCUAAAAGAAUUCAAAAAGCAUAUCUUAUGGAACAAAAAUUCGCCAGUUAAGUUAUUACAAUUUUCGAACGUACAUAAUUCAAAGGGAAAUUGCAAUAAAAGUUUAAGUCAUGACGAAAAAAUAGCUGAUAAAUAUAACGAAAAAGACAAGAGCACGAUAAUAAUAGAAUCUCACUCUGAACCUGACCUUAGACCCAACAAAAGCAAUGUUACAGCUACACCUACACAGAAUCGCAUUACAGAAACGGAUGAUAGCUUUCUUCAUUUAGAAGAUAUGGUAGAAAAAUUAUGUGUCUCUCUCAAAAGUGAAAGUGCAGAUUUGAAUAAUACAUUAGACGUCAUUGAUUUCAUUCUUAAAAAUGGACCAAACAAGGAAACUGAAAUUUCAAAAAUAAUUGCCCCUGAGCAAGUGAAAUCUGAAAUUAAAACACCCAAAAAUGAUGACUACUUGACAAAGCCAAUGUUGAAUACAAAGAAUUCUCCUGAAAAAAAGGAUAAAGAGUGUCAAAAUAAAAAAAUAAUUGCACCUGAGGAAGUGAAAGCCGAAAUUCAAACGCCUAAAACCGAUGACUACUUGACCGAGUCAAUGUUGAAUACAAAGAAUUAUCCUGAAAAAAAGUAUAAAGAGUGUCCAAAUAAACAGAUUAAAGAAGUAAAUCCUUUAACUCCAUUUAAAAAAGCAACUAAAGUUCUCAGUCAGGAUACAAUUCAAACUCCAUUGUGUGCUGCAAAAUCAAAAGAUGUGUUCAAAACUCCGGCUCCUUUGUCACAAAAAAAGGUUUUUACAACAUUGCAUAAAUCUCCUGCUCGAGUACAUGCUUACCAACAUAUUGGAAGUCCGGUGGCCUCAUACAUUAAAAAUGGUCCACAAGCACCAUUGCUAAAAGAUGUUCACCCUAAGAAGCCACUUCCUGGAACAUCAUCUAUUCCAAAAGCCUCUAAGGACUUAGUUAAUAAAGUUAUGAACAAAGAAAAUAUCAACCUGCCUUCUGUGGCAUAUAAAAAUGCAAUAAAAACAAAAAUUAUAAAUACACCUCGUCAAGUGAAGUUACCACUUAGCCACUGGAACAAAAAAAAUACUUCAUUACCAAGACCAGUUGUUAUGAAACAUGAGCACCGGGAGGUAGACUUGAUCAAAACAUCACAACCUGAAGAAAGUUUUGCAGGUUUGCCAUACCAUCAAGCUGAGGUGUCUGUAUGUACAAAAAAAUCAGCAUUUCAAAUUGAUAAGUAGUUUUAAUAUUACAUAAAAGGAAUUCUAGCUCUGUUUAAAAACUCAACUUUUAUUAUUAAAAUAAAAUCUUUGGUUAGAAGUACUUUAAUUUCAUCACAUAUUUUUUAAAUUUCAGGUGCAAUUUUUAUAACAAUUGCUUAAAAACUACAAGGCUUAGAUAUUUACAAACUUUACAUCACAAUAACUUUAUAAUUCUCAUAAAGAUCUGUUAAAAAUGACUUUUAAAUUAACAUUAUUAAAUAUUUUCGGGUUUGCCGAAAGUGUGUAGAUUUUACCUAACUAAACCAGUAAUAUUACCCCCAGCCCGCGUUUAUAUCAAUUUCAACAGUUCAAUUUUUAUUGUAUGUAUUCAUAUAGUCAUUUAAAUUCUAUAAAAAAGUUAGUACCUACCCACAGGCUUUUUACUCCCAUCAUCAUUGCAUCACUGGGUACAAGUACACCAAGCAUCAUUUGCCUAUCUAAUAAUGCUAAUAAUCCUAAUUUCAAACUAAAGAUAAUUUCUUGCGACUACUGCUCCCACCUCUGGGCCAGGGCUCCGAAAUAUCAAUUUCUACCAUUUGACUCCAUACAAAAGAGGGCCGCUCAGAUUAUAGAUAAUCCCAUUCUCACAGAUCAUUUGGAACUUCAGUUUUCCCUGUAUUUUGUACCGUACGUUCCAUGGAGAGUGCUCUGAGGAAAGAGUUCAUCCAUACUACCCAUGGAACCACUGCGUUCAUUCACAGCGCUUUAUCUUUUUUGCCAUGUACCAUUCAGCUUUGGAAUGAGGUCCCCUCCACGGUGUUUCCCAAGCGCUAUCACAGUCAUGUCUUUCUUCAAAUGAGGCUUGUGGAGAGUACUUAAGGGUAAGCAGUGGCUUGGCUCUGCCCGUGGCAUUACUGAAGUGCAUGGGCGACGGUAACCUCUCACCUUCAGGUGGGCCGUACGCUCGUCUGCCUACUAGGGCAAUAAAAAAAAAGUCAACUUCCAAGGUCUGUUUAUGUAACAAUAACACAAUUAAACUUAAAUUAUAUAUGUUUACAUAAUUAUUUUCAUAUUUAUGUUGUUUAUUAAUUUUUAAUUCAACAUUAGUUUAAUAUUAUUUUAUAAAAAACAGAUACUUACCCUUGAGGUCUUAAUGACGAUGUGGCUUACUGAAAGGUUUUUACACUAAACAAGACAUAAAAAACGGAAAUUUUCCAAAUUUUGUUUCAAGCACUUUAUUAGUAUGCAAUAUCAAUACAAUUUUCGAAAAGUAGAAUCUGGUUGCGCUGGUUUAAAACUUAGUUAGUUUUAGGUUUCGAAAAAUAGCAACAUUUUAAUUUGGUUUUGCAAAUCCUGUCCCAUCCCUCUCCGGCACUUUACCUACGGACGCGUGCGAGCGAGAUCGUGUGGUGACAUCAAAGAGACGAAAAAAUAUGGCUGAACAACCGCGCGCGCGCUUCGUGUCUUUGUUAUGUUAAAUACGUAAAUAAGUGAAAUCGUUGGUGUUUCUCAUCGCGAAGUGGUACGAGUCUGCAGUAAGGACUACAUAAAGGUAUUGUGCAUCCUUCCUUUAACGCAGAACUGCCGCUUCUUAUCGUUUCUUCCCGCAGUCUGUGUCCUUCAUUUGCAACGACCAAAUUUAAAAAUAUUUUCAUAGUUUGCUUAACUCGCGUCUACAUUUUUUGGUCCUUCGAGCCGGAUUCGUAUUUAAUCAGCGCCAACCAUUGCCUAGGUUUACCUAAUUUACCUAAUAUCAUUAGAACCGCGUACCAAGUAGGUACUUCGAAAAAAUAUCGCUUUUCCUGCUUUCGUCUUAAAUAUCGUUUUCGUUCACAUAAUUUCUUACAAUUAAUUCACUUAUUUACAAUAUCAAAUUAGUAGAUAGAAACCCGCGUUCUGGUUUCUUAUAUUUUAUCGGUUAUUGCAAACAAUAGUUUCUUUGUUUAGAUCACCGGUCGAGCGUACGCCUCGAGCCGGCCGCAUACAUUAGUUUAGGUAUUCAGUGUAGGUUCCCCGUGUGGUGUCGGGUACCUUACGUAGAAUAGCACCACUCCCGCCUCUUCCUGGGAUAUCGUAAAAGGCGAUAGAUAGGAAACGCCAGGCGACGGGUAGUAGCGUAUUCCUGUGUGCUAAUAACACCCGCCGCUUCGAAUAUUAUCUUUAGUUUUACUAUAAAAUAUUUAUUAACAUUUGUACUAUUCGCAUAAAUUUGUACUCGUAGGUAGGUGUUUACCUUUCCCGCCGCUUCGAAUAUCGUUAGUUUGUUAAUUUGAAAUAUUUAUUUUACGUUUAUCUUAAAAUGGCACCUUCAGAUACUAAUUUAAAGAUGUUAUAUGCCAAAAGAGAUAGGAUAUUCUCCCGCAUGCAAAGCAUUUCUAGCCAAGUUAGAGAUAUGGAUUCAAAGUCAUUCAACGCUGACGCUUUUUUGUGCGACUUUGAAACAGUAGAUUCAUUGCGUGAAGAUUUUGAAGGUGUGCUCGAUAAAAUAAUCUUGUUGGAGUUAAAGGCUAAUCCCGAUUAUUUAGUUAAUUAUCAACCUCUUACGACGUUUGAAGAUCUCUUAGGCUGCGUGAAACGAGCUGCCAAAAGGUUACAAUCGCAAUCGCAAACGGGGGAUCACGUUACGCUGGCUGGUCAACAUAGGAUUCCGAAACUACCCCCAAUAGAAAUUCCCGAAUUCAAUGGCGAUAUAAAAAACUGGCCUUUGUUUAUCUCUAGCUUUCGGAAUGUCGUACAUAAUAAUACAUCGUUAACGGACUCUGAGAAACUUUAUUAUUUGAUAGGCAAAUUAACCGGCAGGGCUCGUUCCAUAUGCGCGGGAAUUACUCCAAGCGCCGAAAACUAUUCGUUAAUUUUUGAUUUAUUAAAUAGCAAAUACGAAGAUAAACGUCUAUCUGCUACUGCGUAUUUAGAUCAAUUAUUUGAAUUUAAACCUAUCUCUUCUGCAAAGCCUAGUAAUUUAGAAUUAUUUUUGGACAAGUUCGCAUCGUCGGUAGCCGCUUUAAAAAACUUGAAGGUCAAUGACCUAUCGGAUUUUACAUUUUUGCAUGUUGCGCUUAAAAAAUUAGACACAGACACUGCUCGUGCGUUUGAAUCGUAUCAGAGCUUAAAUAAAAAGGGAUGCGAAAUACCAUUGUUUGUAGAUCUAGUGUCUUUUGUUCGUGAUCACAUAAAAGUAUUAGAGCGCACGUCAUCAGUUCCCAAGGCUGCCAACAAAGGGCAGUUUGACUCUAAGUUGUCAUCUACACAGGCUUAUACAUCUAGUUCUGAGUCAACGGUAUGUAGUCUGUGUCAUAACAAACAUGAUCACAUUUAUAAAUGUAGGGUUUUUAAUAGUUAUAAACCGAAUGAGCGGUUUCAAUUCGUCAAAUCGAAUAAUUUAUGUAUAAAUUGUUUAAGUAGAGGUCAUCGUGUUUCCGCGUGUAGGUCGGCCUCUUUAUGUAAAAAAUGUAAUUCUAAGCAUCACACUUUAUUAUGUUUCGGAAAUGAACCCGUCGCGAGUAAAGCGCAUUCGAAUGCAAGACGCACGCAGUCACCAGGUACACGAGCAUCGGCUGUCGCACGGCCCUCCAUGCCUUCUUCGGUAGGCUUAAAUGAUAUGGGCAUUGCUCCAGCUCGCGUCAGCACGGAUGACGUAACGCUGUGCACUUUAUCGAAAGGUUAUAACCGCAUCUUACGCAGUCCUACUACGGUACUAAUUGCGACCGCACGUGUAGUUAUUAUUGAUUCACGUGGUAGGGAGCAUUGUGUACGCGCGUUGUUGGAUGGCGCGUCUCAAAGCAAUUUUGUCACUCGUGAUUGUUGUCGACGAUUGGGUUUGAACAUAAAUAAUAGACCUGCUUGUUCCGUAGUAAAGGGAAUAGGAGGUUCUAGCAAAACAAUUCAAGGUUCUGUAGAAAUAAAAUUUUAUUCUCGUUUCGAUCGUAACGUAAAUUAUACUAUGGAGUCGUUAGUAGUAGAUAAAAUUACUGAACGUUUACCGACUACCACAGUUGAUGCCUCUCUUUUAUCGAAUUUCGAAGACAUAGCAUUGGCAGACGAUACUUACUUUAACCCAGGCCCGAUCCAACUGUUGAUUGGAGCUUCGAUUUUCCCGCAUCUGCUCUUAUCGAACAAGGUUCGAGGACGGCCUUCGCAUGCCUCGCCGAUCGCGUUAGAGACUAUCCUCGGUUAUGUUAUUGUUGGUGACGCUCCCGUUCGUGUAGCUAGCAACGAGAGCGUUUCAUAUUGCUGUACCGGAGACCCGUUAGACUCCACGAUUCGGAAGUUUUGGGAAUUAGAGGAGGUAGACGUGCCGUCUGUACUCAGCCCCGAGGACAAAAUGUCUGAGGAGUUUUAUACCAGUACUACCACACGAGAUAGUGACGGACGAUACGUGGUGGCUUUGCCCUUUAAAGGUGAUGUUAACACUCUCGGUAAUUCGCGUCAAGCAAGUGAAAAUCGAUUUUACUGCUUAGAAAGAAAGAUGCAAGCUUCUCCGCAACUAAAAUUAGCGUACGACAACAUCAUUCUCGAAUAUUUAGAGAAGAACUAUCUCUCAGCUGUAGAUUGUGACAGUUCAGAUAUUUCUUAUUUUAUUCCGCAUCAUGGUGUAAUCAGAGAAGAUAAGGUCACAACCAAAUUAAGAGUCGUACUCGAUGGUAGUUGUAAGACUACUACUAAUGUUUCGCUCAAUGAUCUGUUAUAUCGUGGACAAAAUUUCCAAGGAAAUUUAUUUCAUAUUAUUAUUAAUUUUCGUUUGUUUCCGGUUGCCCUUUCCGCUGACAUUCGUCAGAUGUUUCUGAGUAUUGGAGUCAGAGAAUCUGACAGGCGUUUUCAACGCAUUUUAUAUCGUUUUUCUCCUCAACAACCAUUACAAGUUUACGAAUUUAAUCGUGUAGUUUUCGGGCUUAAGUCUAGUCCUUUUCAUGCGUUGCGUACUAUUAAACAGCUGGCAGCUGAUGAAGGUGUCGCUUACCCGCGGGCCAGAGAAAUUAUUGAUACUAGCCUGUAUAUGGACGAUUUUGUUUAUUCAAUUCCAACUGAAGACGUCGGCAUAUCGACCGCUUCUGAGAUGAUAGGUCUCAUGAAGGCCGGUCAGUUCGAGCUGGUGAAGUGGACGAGUAACUCACAAGUAGUGUUAGAUUCAAUCCCGCCGUCGCAUCGCCUGCCAGGUGUCAAGGAGUUCGAUGAGUCGAACCAGCAUAAAGUACUCGGCUUGUGUUGGUCUCCUACGUCGGACAAUUUUUGUAUAAAAAUUGACACUCCGAUUGAAAUUUGUACUAAACGUACAAUACUGUCAUGUGUUGCUAAAAUAUGGGACGUCAUGGGAUUUGUCGCACCGGUCGUCCUGUUCGUUAAACUUAUUAUUAAGCAGUUGUGGCUGAGCAAUUGUGACUGGGAUGACACUCCAUCCGAAGAUAUAGUAAAAAUGUGGAGCCGAUUCAAAGAAGAACUUCCUUUGCUUUCUCAUAUAAAGAUCCCACGUCACGUAGGUAUGAACGUCGACAGCAUCGCGACUAUCUUAGGUUUCGCGGACGCCAGUGAGAAAGCAUAUGGGGGGGUGAUAUAUUUUCACGUUCAAAAUAACAAUGAUAGUACAAUACGUUUGAUAACAGCAAAAUCAAAGGUUUCUCCUAAAAAGGUUGUGUCGCUCGCCAGACUUGAGCUUUGCGCGAUUCUCAUACUCGCUCAGCUCAUAAAAAAUGUAGUAGUCGCUUGUCAAAAUCGCAUUGUUUUUCGCAAUAUAUUCGCGUUUUCAGACUCAACAGUCGCACUUUGUUGGACACAUUCAUCGCCUCAUCGAUGGAGCACCUUUGUAGCUAACAGAGUGACGAAGAUACAAAGCUAUUUAUCUCCACAAAAUCUAUAUCACGUGUCUGGUAAAGACAAUCCCGCUGAUUGUUUGUCGCGUGGCCUCACUCCUUCCCAAAUAAUUAAUCACCCGCUUUGGUUUAGUGGCCCCCCUUGGGCACAUUUGGAUGUCGCGCAGUGGCCUGCUGUUCCUUUUAACCCUUCCGUAGAGCCUGAGGCGCCGGAAGAAAAGAAACAGACUUUUCUCGCCGCUACUUUAAAUGAAAAAUAUCCUAUAUUAUCACUAGGAGAUCGUAUCUCAUCUUGGUCUAAACUAUUGCGCAGUGUAGUUUUCGUUUGUCGAUUUGUAAAAUUGUUACCUCACAGAUAUCGCAUGUCAGCAUCGGAUUAUGAGUUCGCUGAGUUAUUAAUUCUUCGUGAACUUCAACGGUUUUAUUUUCGCGCUGAGAUCGCGAAGCUCAAGGAAAGUCAAGUUUGUAGCCCUGCAUUUCGACACUUAAAACCAUUUCUUAAAGAUGGAGUAAUUAGAGUAGGGGGACGUUUAAGAAACUCUGACUUGAGCUACGACGAGAAAUAUCCCAUUUUGCUUCCGAGAAAAGAUCCGAUCUUGAAUUUACUUGUCGAAUAUCAUCAUAAAUUAAAUUGUCACGCCGGUCCUGACCUGCUGAUGGCGCUCUUACGUCAGAAGUAUUGGAUACUUUCUGCUCGUAAUUUAAUUAGGAAUAGGAUACACAAAUGCAUGCCUUGCUUUCGACUUCGUCCUAAGCCAACAUUCCCUGAAAUGGCGGAUCAUCGUUCUUGUUGUGUCGUUCAAUCCGCUAAACCCUUCAUUCACACGGGUACAGAUUAUGCUGGCCCUUUCAAGGUUACCAUAACACGUGGGCGAGGUAUUCGUUCUACCAAAGCUUACGUGUGUUUAUUUGUUUGCAUGACAACGCGCGCAGUACAUAUAGAACUGGCUGGUGAUUUAAGCACAGCUAGUUUCAUGGGAGCCUUCAAGCGGUUCCUAUCUAGACGAGGCCCGGUGGGUAGAAUUUAUUCGGACAAUGGAACGAAUUAUAUAGGUGCUAAACGCAAGCUUUCAGAACUUCAUGAAUUUCUUAGUUCAAAGUAUCACAAUACAGAGUUUGGUAACGUCUUAGCUGAAAAUCGCAUUGAUUGGUCCCUAAAUGUACCGACAGCUAGCCAUUUUGGCGGGAAUUGGGAGGCUAAUAUCAAAAGCUUAAAGUCUCAUCUAUAUCGCGUUAUAGGUGAUACAAUUCUUUCAUUUGAAGAGCUAUGUACUGUUCUCACUCAGAUCGAAUCGGUAAUGAAUACACGACCUUUAUGUAGAACACUCUCUAGUGAUCCUUCAGAACCGCUUGCCUUAACUCCUGCGCAUUUUUUGAAUCUCACGCCUUUGAAAUGCUUGCCUGCGGAAGAAAUCGAUGAAAAUUUAACUACUCUUGCUAGACAAAUUAGUUCAAUCGUUUUGGAAGCGCUGGAGACGGGAAUACCUUCAUACGUUGCAAUCACGCCGCAAAUGGAACACGCCGGUCGAUCCAGUCGUCGUCGGCUCGGUGGUGAUUCUGAUUAACGAUAAUUCGCCUCCUCUACACUGGCCUUUGGGUGUCGUGGAAGAAUUGUUUCCGGACUCUACGGGAGUUACACGCAUUGCACGGGUUAAGACAGCGAUCGGAUCGUAUUUGCGUCCCGUGGUGCGACUCUGCCCACUACCCAACCAGUAGCUCAUUUAGAUUUUUCAUAUUAUUUAGGUUAGUUGUAUAUAGAUAUAGUAUAAAUUCUUAAUUCUUGUAGGAACAUAGCGUAAUAGUAGAUAAACGUAGCGUACUUAUUUGAAUUUAUUGUUAUUCGUUUGUUAGAUAAUACACUUUUUAGUUUUUUAGUUAGAUAAUACACGUUUUAGUUAGAUAAUACUUUGAAGGCGUCCCUUCAAGCCCGGGGGAAUGGUUGCGCUGGUUUAAAACUUAGUUAGUUUUAGGUUUCGAAAAAUAGCAACAUUUUAAUUUGGUUUUGCAAAUCCUGUCCCAUCCCUCUCCGGCACUUUACCUACGGACGCGUGCGAGCGAGAUCGUGUGGUGACAUCAAAGAGACGAAAAAAUAUGGCUGAACAACCGCGCGCGCGCUUCGUGUCUUUGUUAUGUUAAAUACGUAAAUAAGUGAAAUCGUUGGUGUUUCUCAUCGCGAAGUGGUACGAGUCUGCAGUAAGGACUACAUAAAGGUAUUGUGCAUCCUUCCUUUAACGCAGAACUGCCGCUUCUUAUCGUUUCUUCCCGCAGUCUGUGUCCUUCAUUUGCA